CUGAGAUUUCAAGUAUUGUCAUACCACAGACUGGAUCAAGAAUUGGGGAAAUUACUGAUUUACGAGAUUUUACAAUUGGUAGAGGACAUACUGAUCAGAUACGCAAUGGAACGCAAGUUGAACAGCAAGCAGAUAAAGCGAAAGAAACCUACAACUUGUCGAUCCAGUUUUAUUGCAUAUGUUGCAUCGCCUCAACCCUGUGUUGGAGGUUCAAGUCAGUGGCAUCAUGACUCCAGGAUAAAAUCGUGGAAGGUGUGA